AUGUAUUCUAUACUGGGUGAAGCGUUAAUAGCAUCAUCGAAUCUCGGCAUCAUUGCUACAAUUAUUAUCAUUUCGGUAAUUAUCGAUUGUUCCAAGAGGAAAGAGUUAAAUGUUGAAGCGACACAGCCAUCUUUGGGAGAAAAUUCCAAAAUCAGUGUAUUUAAUAGGGACGGUGAAACUGAUAUUGAAAUGCCAUCACGUUUACAGAAUUUAAAAGAAGUUGAAGAGAACAGAAAAGAAUCGAGUGAAGUGAAGAAGCUCAGUGAUAAAGAAGAGAAAAAAGAGUUGAAAUCGAAUCGAAAUUCAAAACAAUCUCAGAAGCAUCAAUCUGAUAAGGAGAAAUCAUUAUCCGCAAAAGAUGAUAAUCAAAGUGAAGAGAAACAAAAUAACGAUCAAAAAUCUGCAAAACAAAAACAAUCAUCAGAUAUUAAAGAAUCCGAUCAUGAAAAUAAGAAAAUUUCAUGA